CCCACUCCAAACUUCUCAAAAUCUCUGUUCCAUUCGAACUUCCCUCUGUUUUACCCCUCCCAACCCACAAAAAUGGCAUCAUCAUCAUCAUCAUCAUCAACCUUCCAACAAGCCAACAAAUUCACCAUUCUGCACCUCAGAUUCCUCAUGAUCAUGUUGCUCUGCCACACACCACACGAAUCCAAACUCUGCUCCACCAACCAAAACCACCACCAACUGAUCUUCUCACCAUCACAACCUCGCUCCGCCUUGGAGACACUGAACCUCGACGGUUACUUCAGCUACAAAAACAACGCACACGCCUCGAGGGACUUCGGCAACAGGUUCUUCUUCCGCCCAGCCGCCGUCCUCCACCCGAAAUCGGUCUCCGACAUUGCCUCCACGGUGAAGCACGUCUACGAAAUGGGUGCCGGAACCGUGGCCGCCAGAGGACACGGCCAUUCCCUGCAGGGCCAAGCGCAGGCUGACGGCGGGGUUGUAAUCAACAUGGAGUCCCUGAUUCGACCGCGUCGUGGUGGUGGUGAUGGUGGCGGCAGAUACGUGGAUGUGUCGGGUGGCGAGCUUUGGAUCGAUGUUCUGAAGGAGACGGUGAAGCAUGGGCUGACGCCGAAAUCGUGGACGGAUUACUUGCAUCUCACCGUCGGAGGGACGCUGUCGAACGGCGGGAUCAGCGGCCAGGCAUUCCGGCAUGGUCCCCAGAUCAGUAACGUUCAACAACUGGAGGUCGUUACAGGUACAGGGGAGGUGGUUACCUGUUCUGAGAAGCAGAAUGCAGAGCUGUUCUUCAGUGUGCUUGGAGGGCUGGGACAGUUUGGGGUCAUAACUCGAGCAAGAAUCGCUCUUGAGCCAGCACCAAACAUGGUGAAAUGGAUCCGAGUUCUGUACUCGGAUUUCUCCCAGUUUUCCAGUGACCAAGAACAUCUGAUAUCACUUGAGGAAUCGUUCGACUACAUCGAAGGAUUCGUGAUCAUAAACCGAACAGGCCUCCUUAACAACUGGAGAUCCUCUUUCCAUCCCAAGGACCCAGUUCAAGCCAGCCAGUUCGUUUCAGAUGGGAAAACCCUCUACUGCCUUGAAGUCGCCAAGUACUUCAGCAUACAGGACGACAACACUGAAACCGUCGACAUGCAAAUCCAAGGCCUGCUGUCAAAUCUGCAUUUCAUUCCAUCCACCCUUUUCAUCUCUGAAGUAUCCUACGUCGGCUUUCUGGACAGAGUCCAUGUCGCUGAGAUGAAACUCAGAGAACAGGGUUUAUGGGAAGUUCCACAUCCAUGGCUAAGCCUACUCAUUCCAGGAAGCAAGAUGGCUCAGUUUGCAAGUGAGGUGUUUGGCAGCAUUGUCACAGACAGUAGCAAUGGUCCAAUCCUCAUUUAUCCACUCAACCAGUCCAAGUGGAACAACAUCAAGAGAACAUCAUUAGUCACACCUAGAGAAGAUGUUAUUUACCAUGUCUCGUUCUUGGCAUCGGCAGUGCCAUUUUCCACAGGAGAAGAUGGGCUGGACUACAUUUUAGCACGAAACCAACGAAUACUAGACUUCAGUUCGGGUGCCGGCAUAGUGUUGAAGCAAUACUUGCCUCAUUACACCACCCAGGAAGACUGGAAGGCUCACUUUGGGUCCAAAUGGGAAGUUUUUCUAAAGAGAAAAUUGACUUACGAUCCUUUGGCAAUCCUAGCACCUGGGCACAGGAUCUUCAAGAGGCAAUACCAAAUCCAAGAGCAAACCAUCACUGAGGGGCUCUUGAAGAAUACAUGAAGCAGUAAUUACCUAAAGCUAGUUUGUAAAUGAUUACAGGCCAAAUCUUAUGUAGUAGGUUUUAUUCCACAGAGCUCACUAUUAGGACAGAACAGUGGGAAUAACCGAAAACAAGACGGUUUCACUAAUUAACCUGAUCAUGUUUAACAAAAGGGUCCAUGUAUAGAAGACAUUGUGGUAUAAGCUUCACUAGAAAAGUGAGCUUCAAUUCCAGUACAUCACAAUUCACAGUGUAUUAAAGCUGAUUACAAGUAAACUAUUGCUUCCACCAGACAAGCCCUCAGUUUAUAGCUUGUACAACAAGAUAACCAACUAGAUAUGCCCACAUGCCACAAAGUCCCAGAAGGAAGAAAGAUAGAACUAACUAAAGACAACUCACAGAUUAGGGAACAGAAGACGAUUUUUCUCCUUCAGAUGCAUCUUUCCAUCCAAGGCCAGGUCUUCGUUGUUCCGCCUGUGGCCCUUCGUAGUCCUUAGCAUUAAGGAUCAUCGCCUCGAAGUCGGUCGAGUCACUAGCAACAGGAAGAAGGCUACCUAUAUCAUCUCUAGCUCCAAAUCCUCCAGCUCGAAUGACAUCGUCAGUUGAUAUAGCAGCCUCCAUGUUUACUUCUCCAGAAGAGUAGUAUUCAUUACUUUCAGGGGGAGCUGAACCUUCCUCCACACCAUGACUGUGAACAUUUGGUCCCGUCUUCUCGUCCAUAACAUCCACAUCAGGAAAAUGUUCAGGCGACUUCUUUUCCAUAAUGGGCAAUUCAAACUCCUAUUGACUCUAUGAAAUUACCCUCCUUCAAAUUGCCAAGAAGCUUCGAACUCCAGUCUACGGAUUGAGAAAUUCUCAGCUUGGAGAAAUUGAGAAAACCCUCCAUUAGAUGAUUUCCAGAGUUCACAGUUACGAAGCUGGGAGUUGAAUACAAUAACCAGAAGCGAAAGGAACACACAUACCAGAAAAGAGUCGAUUCCUG